UUUGCAAUCCAAAAGAAUUUAGUAUGAAAAAUCGUUGUAGGUAGGUACGCGUUAACAUGUCUCCAAAGUUAUACAUGAUCAAAGCCAGUCCUCCAGCGAGGGCUGUGUUUUUAACAGCCAAAGCUUUAAACUUGGAUUUGGAUCUGAUUAAUGUUGAUUUAUUAACCAAGGAACAGUUGAAACCAGAAUUUUUAAAUAUUAACCCUCAACACACAGUCCCAGUCCUAGAUGAUGAUGGUUUUAUCUUGGUAGACAGUCAUGCUAUAAAUGUUUAUUUAGCUGAAAAAUACGGAAAAAACAGCACUUUAUAUCCAAAUGACAUCAAAGAACGUGCAAUUGUAAACCACAGACUUCAUUUCGACAAUGGAACCCUUUUUGUUAGAAUGGCAAACAUCGUAAGAGGAGUUCUUUACAACAACGAAAAAACCAUCCCCAAAGAAAAAAUCGAUGCCGUAUUGGAAGCCUACAAAAUCUUGGAAGCCUUCUUGCAAAGUUAUCCCUGGAUGGCGGGUCAACAGAUGACGGUCGCAGAUUUGGCCAUUGUUAGCACCGUGACAAGUGUGAAUGUAUUUGUUCCCAUAAAUGAAGAAUAUCCAAAACUUGCCUCAUGGUUGAAAAAAAUGGAAGCCUUGCCUUACUACUCCGCCAACAAGGAGGGGCUUGAAAUGUUUACUUGCAUCAUGAAAUCUAAGAUGGGAAAUUAACUACACAUUUUUUUUGUUUUGUUUAUUUAGCUUUGGUUUUUAAUAAAAAACUUUUAUACUAUAACAA